AUGUGGGGGAGCCGCGGGGUGCGGGUGCCCUGGCAGCUCAGCUGGAGAUCCCGGCCGGUCCCCCCCGCCGAGUGCCCUCCCUGCCCGGGACCGGCUCCCGCGCCCAGAGCCCCUCCCCAGCUUUCUUGAAGCCCCUUUCAGGACUGGAAGGUUUCCCUGGAGCCCUCUCCCCUCCCCAGGCUGAACAACCCCAGCUCUCAGCCUGUCCUCCUGUGAGAGUUUCUCCAGCCCUCGGAUCAUCUCCGUGGCCUCCUCUGGACUCACUCCAACAGCUCCAUGUCCUUCCUGUGCUGAGGACACCAGAACUGGACGCAGGGCUCCAGGAUCCUUACCCCAUCAACGGGAAUGAGGGGGUUUCUUGCCUGCCAGCUCUCAGCCUCAGUCCCUGCAGGUGCGUUUCUCCAGCGGAGGGAGAUGGUAAAAGGCAGUAAAGUGCCAGCAGGAGAGAUUCCACAUCAGCAAUCAGCGGCUGAGCUGUGUGCUCCCCACUAUGGCUGGCUGGUUUAGGCGGCUCCUACACAAGUCCAAGUCCAGCUCAGCAGAGAGCAGCCUCAACAGCAGCCGGUCUUCAUCCUCACCUUCAUCCUCACCUUCCUCAUCCUCUGCUGAGAACUGCAGCUCCACCAGCAUGAGCCUGGUGAGGUCGGUUCACCUCUCUUCCACCUUGGUGUCAGAUAUCAACGCUUCGGGCAGUGCACGGUGGGCCAAGAGCUAUGACGUCUGUAUCUGCCACAGCGAGGUGGACCUGGAGCUGGUGGAGGAGCUGGUGUCCUACUUGGAGGGUCAGCCUGAAAGCUUCCGUUGCUUCCUUCAGCUGCGGGACGCGGCACCGGGAAGUGCGGUGGUGACGGAGCUCUGUGACGCUGUCCAAAACAGCCACUGCUGGGUGAUGCUCAUCACUCCCAGCUUCCUCCAGGACCCAUGGUGCAAGUACCAGAUGCACCAGGCAUUGGCCGAAGCUCCGAUGGCCAACGGGCGCACCAUCCCGGUGCUGAAGGACGUGGAUCGGAAGGAUUAUCCCAGGGAGCUGCGAAACCUCUACUAUAUCUACAUGGCGCUGAAGGAGAACAGCUUCAGGCAGAUCAGAGACACCAUCAUGCGCUACCUCCAGGAGCUGUGCCGGAACUCCACGAGCAGGACUGACUAGAGUCGGGAGCAGGCACAGGCGGCCCGGCGGGUGUUCUGGAGCUGCCACUGAUGGAUCAGGAUGCGGCCACGUCCCGCUGGACCUCGGGGCUGCAGAUGAGCUGCCUAGACCAGAGCUGGGAGCCAAAGCCAGGGAGGUCCCAACCCCUGUGCAGCCUGCUGCUUCCUGGGAAUGCUGCCAGGAUCCCCCAGAACCCCUCGAUGGUGAUGAGGACUGGGAUGGGGACACCCUGAGGUCUCCGCUGCUCAGCAUGCACUGAGCUCCUGUGUGGGAGGCUUCCAGGGGACUUUGUGGCUUCCCAGCUCCCCUGGAGCCCCGGGGAACCGUGGGAGUAGUGGGAGAGGCGCUGGCUGUGCCGGGCCUUGUGGAGCUGUGGAAAGGCAGAGAUUUAAAAUGUUGGGGUGUUUUAUCCCUCAGU